AUGAAGGAUUCUCACAUGUCCCACCACCAGUUUCUUCUGCGAGAAAGCUUGGAUAAAUGGAUGGUUAGCGAAGAGGAGAAUUACCAGAGAUAUGUCUCCAGGAAGCAUAUUGUUUCGAUGCCCACUAAUGAGUUGAUUGUGUUAAAUUAUUUUGGACUCGGAGAGGAAGAGAAUCGCAAUCGUAGAGAAACAUUUCCUACAAUAUUUGUCACCUCGUCAAAAUUUGAGACUAACUACUAUUGGACACUUGCAGUGAGGAACAAUGCAGGAGAGAUUGUUAUCUGGAAUUUCUCGACUCCAAGAAAUUAUGAAGUGGUUGCAAGGUUUAGAGACCCUGAUAAUUUACCAAUCACACGUACUACCAUUUUUAAUGAUGAAUGCACUAUGGUUAGCAUCAACAAUGUUGGAAGAGCAUGA